GGUCGAACUACAAUGACAGCCCUCCCCUCUGCUGUCGUAACGUACAGUACACAAAAACACAAAGGUCCACAUACAUCUCUAGCAGUUUCGUGGAGAGUCAGAGGUGACAGCAGCAUGUUUGUGAAGACGGUAGCCUUGUUAGGCUUGGCCCUGACAGUGAGUGCCAUUCCUUUGGAAGACCCAGAGAAAGGCAAAAACUGGGUAGUCAUUGUUGCCGGUUCUAAUGGCUGGGACAACUACAGGCAUCAGGCAGAUGCAUGUCACGCAUACCAGAUAGUCCAUAAAAAUGGAAUUCCUGACGAGCAGAUUGUUGUGAUGAUGUAUGAUGACCUUGCGCAGAAUGAAGACAAUCCAACAAAAGGAAUUGUCAUUAACAGGCCGAAUGGAACCGAUGUCUACAAAGGAGUUGUUAAGGACUACAUUGGGGAGGAUGUAACCCCAAAGAAUUUCCUAGCGGUACUGGAAGGGGAAGCAGAGGCAGUACAGGGCGUUGGAUCUGGGAAGGUACUUAAGAGCGGUCCAAAUGAUCAUGUGUUUGUUUACUUCACCGACCAUGGAGCCCCAGGCCUCCUAGCCUUCCCAAGUGAUGAUCUUCACGUGAAGGAUCUUAACAAGACAAUCACAAAAAUGUACAAAAACAAGAAAUACAAAAAGAUGGUGUUCUAUAUUGAGGCCUGCGAGUCUGGGUCAAUGAUGAACCACCUGCCAGGCAAUAUUAAUGUGUACGCCACCACUGCUGCCAACCCCCACGAGUCUUCCUAUGCAUGCUACUACGACGAGAAGAGAGGCACCUACCUGGGAGACUGGUACAGUGUCAAUUGGAUGGAAGACUCUGAUGUUGAGGAUCUGACUAAAGAAACCAUUAUACAGCAAUUCAAGAUUGUGAAGAGCCACACCAAUACCAGUCAUGUGAUGCAGUAUGGAAACAAGACAUUAGCCCACAUGAAGGUGAUGCAGUUCCAGGGUAACUCGCAUGAGAACUCUCAGCCGGCCACUUCCAUCAGCCUCCCCCCCAUCGAGGACCCCGACCUCAUCCCCAGCCCUGAUGUCCCCCUCGCCAUCCUCAAGAGGAAACUGAUGGCCACCAAUGACAUCUUCAGUGCCAAGCACUACUUGGAGGAGAUCAACUCCCAUCUGAAGGUCAGAGAGCUGCUGAAGGAGACCAUGAGAAGGAUUGUGUCUGUGGUGACUGAAUCAGGGGAAAGGACACGGCAGGCUCUCGCUGACAGACUGGAGCUCACCACCCACCAUGACUGCUACCAGGCCGCUGUGGAACACUACAAAACACGCUGCUUCAACUGGCACUCGCCCACGUAUGAAUAUGCUCUGAGACAACUCUAUGCUCUUGUGAACCUUUGUGAAGGAGGUUUUCCUGCUGACAGGAUCCAGGAGGCAAUGAACAAGGUGUGCUUCGCUUCAAAUUAAACCUCAUCUGUACAAAUUCAUGGAGAGACAACAAACAUGGCUCUGAGCACUGAUGAAUCACUAUUUAGCAUUAGAGAAUAUAUAUAUAUAUAUAUAUAUAUAUAUAUAUAUAUAUAAUAUAUAUAUAUAUAUAUAUAUUGAGAGAGAGAGAGAGUGGUUUUUUUAAUCUUGUUUUACAAAAAAAAAAUCAUGUUUUCUUAUUUUAUUUAUGAUGACAAAACACACUAUGGUGAAUAGGAAUAAUUUAGUUUUUAACCAGUAUAUUAAAAUCAGACCAAUUCAGUUUAAAAAAAAAAAAAAAAGAUGUUGCUUAUGGAAUACCGCUUUGUUUUAAGUUGCACAUUUGAAGCGUCUAAAUUGUGGCUGUAAUAAAGUAAACUAACUUGCAAACAACCCACCUUGUAGAUAAUGGCAUAAACAAUGCAUGGCAGGAUUGUACCUCAAGUGCAAUGACUAGCUUUAUAACUUCUAUAUUCAAAGUAAAUAUAGGACUUGUUAAAUACAAAACUGCCUGGUCCAGUCUGAAACAGAUCUAGCCAAUGUUUAUAAUGAAUAAAACAAAACUAUUAAAAA